AUGCUCCAAACAGUCAUCUCCAGCCAUUUACUCCCCCCUCCUGUAAAGGACUUUGAUCCACCUCUCUCAAAUGCUGUCAACUUGAAUAGCAUAUCCAAAUCCACAACACCAAACUUAACUUCAAAUUCAUCACCCACCUUGGCUUCAAACUCCAUUUCAAAUCCCACAUCCAUUUCUGCACCUUCUUCGUCAUCCACAAUGGUAGGCUCGGGUUCGAUCGCAGGUCCUAUCUCGGGAUCGGGUGCAGGAUCAGGUUCAGGCCAUGGUUCUAGUUCGGGUUCAUUCUCAGGCACUGGCUCUGUUGGGAAUUCAGACUCCUUCAAUUCUGUCCUCCCUUACAAUAACAUUCUCUUGCCUCCCCUGAACAACCAAUACCUCUACGGAAUACCUAUUCAGUCAAACCUACCACCAUUGCUUAAACUUCACGAUCAGUACCCCUACUAUAAUAAUAACAAUAACACCCCAUCCAAUACCAAUACCAAUAUCAAUACCAAUACCAAUACCACAAACAACAGCAUCACUUCUACUACCACCAGUAACAGCAGUAUCUACAACACAAGUUUUGGUAGCUCCAGUGGGAAUGGUAGCUCGUUUGCUUCCGUAAAUGCUCCUUCAUCGGUCUCCCUAUUGUCCAGUCCUCAUAGCGAGCCCUUGUCACAUAACCAUAUGCAUAUGCAUAUCCAUGGCUCAAACGCUAAAUUAUCCAAAUCCCAACCAAGGAAGAAGAGAGAAUGCCCCAUUUGCCACAACUACUAUUCAAACUUGACCACUCAUAAGACCAUCCAUAACAAGAACCUUAAACCAUUCAUUUGUAAGACUUGUAACAGGGCCUUCAAGAGAAUGAACGAUUUGAUAAGGCACGAGAAGUGCCACUUGUCCAAACUUGGCGAAUGGGAAUUCCAGUGUCCCUUCCAUCCGGGACAGUCUAUCUCAAGUUCAAGUCAAAUAGCCACAAAAUCAAAUUACUGCCAUCACACUGGAUGUUUCACAAGAUGCGACACUUAUAAGAACCACCUCAAGGCAAUCCAUUUCAAGUAUCCUCCAAAUACACUGAAAAAUGAUCGCUUGAAUGUUCCUGGUCAUUGCAAGGAAUGCGGUGAAGGAUUCAACAAUGUCCAGGACUGGCUCAUAAAUCAUAUCGAAACUAACAGCUGUCCAAAGUUUUUCAAAAAUUCAAAAUAA